GCAUGGAUUGUGAAGCUGUCUAUGAAGUAAGACAUUUUAUCAACUUAGAUUCUGCAACCUGGAUUUAUCUUCGAAGUAAUCGUAAGUAAAAAAAACACAGUCAAAGGAAAGCUAGAUGUAAUUUUACAAAAAUUUCUUGCCUUCAGUGAUAAAUGUCUCACAUCCCAACAUCAAGUGAGAUAAGCUGAUUUCUAAUAAUUCAAAAAAUAAAAGCAUUUGCUCUCACAAUUAAGUCAAAUAAAUGUCAUGAGAAUGAAGGGAGUCAUUUAUGAAUAAGAUGUGGUAAUGCAUUUACAUUUAAUCUAAGAUCGAGGACUUCUCCAUUUUCACCUAUUAUAUAAACUUUGAGAAAAUUCAAGUGGGAGAUCAUUUGAACGCUGUUCUCAUUGAUAAAACAAAAAUGACAAUGUCUUUAAAAAACAAAAGCAUCAUGGGAGGCAAAUAAUGGAGUUUAAAAAGUCUACAAAACCCCUCACAUUUUGAUAAUUGGCUAUAUUUUAGACUAGGCUAUGCUAAAUAAAUUGGAGUCAAUUUCCAAUAUUAGAUUAUGAAUGAGGAAGAGAGGCAGAAGGCUCAGGAAUCAAUCUAUGCCAAUCUCAAAUUCAAAGAAGAAACUGGAAUCUUGAAAAUGGAUUAUCAGAUCGAACAGGAUGGAUUCUUUCCUAAUAAACAGAAUUUUCCAUUCAUGAUGCAAUCCCUAGGGCUAUCUCAGAAUACAUCAUUCACAAAUAGAAACAAUUUAAAAACAUUCAUGAAGAUCAAUUUAGAUCAUAGAAGGCGUUUAUAUUAAAUUAUUUAUUUUUUCUAGACUUUCAAGUUUGUCUGUCUAACCAGAUAUCCAAUAGAUCUAUGUACGCAAACAGAAGAGUCAAAGCAAUAAUUGAAAAUAAUAAAAUAAGAGAAAUAUUAUUAAUAUUCAUAAAUUCUUAGUCUAUUCAUUUUAUUCAAUUGUAUUUAAAUAAAUAUAUUUUUAAUUAAUUUAUUAUGCUUCCUAAGUUUUAAAACUCGUUUGCACUAGACAAGAAUCUACAAACCCUAAUUGAAUCAUUCAAUCAAUCCCAAAAAAACCCAGGAGCUAUUCCCAGAAAUCGAAUACAAGGUAAUUAUCCUUACCUUCCUGGCGGUAUUAGAUCUGCAACUGGACCUUAAACAUUAAGUAAAUUAAUUUAUAACCCAUCAAGACAUCCUUCAAGAGAAAGUACAAUUCACAUUGCAAUCUAACCCUGCUGUCAAGUAAUUCUGCAAUUAGUAAUUUAUCUAGUACAAUCUUCUUAAACGAUCAAUAAGACAUCAUAUUAAAAUUCUAACUUGGAAUUAGAAUUUUACAAAUCGUCACUCUUGAUAAACCAGUAAGAGAUUAAAAAGAAGAGGAGUAAAAUAUUAAUCACUUUUUACCAUAAACAUAUCCCUAUCAACCAGUGUCCAGACUAAAAAUUGAAUUCAAAUUGGAAGAGACAGAUGAAAUUGAAGUCAAUGGAAAUGAUAAUAUGGUAACCAUCUUCACCAAAGCCUCAAUCAAAUAACAAAAGAAUGACUAAAAUAAAAAGUAGAUCUAAUGUCUACAUUAAGAGAUUGCAAGUAAAUCAAAUCAUUGAUCAAUAGGUAAAAAUGAAACCCAAACCCAAACUGUUUAAAUUGUAAUGAAAUUCUAAAGAGAAUGGUAUUUGAAAUCUGGAAAUAACUUCCUUGCUGCCAAAAAAAUUCUCUAAGAUUAUUUCAAAUCUCUAUAAAUUCCAAAAACCAAAUUCACAGCUUUUGAUAAUUAAGCACCACCACAAGAAUAGUAAGCCCAACCAGAAAUAGCUAAAAAAUAGCCUAUUAAACCAGAAGUUAGUAAAGAACCAGAAAAAGAAUAGGAAGAAGAAGAAAUACCUCCAGAUGUUUCUGGAAAAGAUCUUUAAAACCUAUUUCCCUUAGUAAGCGAGGAUUUUGUAUAGAGAUAGAGAGAAGCACUAGACAAAAGUAAUCAAUUCAAUUUAAACUUAGAGAAUUCCACUCCUGAAGAAAAGAUUAAGCGAUUAUUCGAAGAAGUUCGCAUUAAACAAUUCAAAUCGCAACCUUAUAGUGCUGAUAAGAACUUUUUCAAGUGUCCUUAUCAUAGGUGUUAGAAGGGUUAUAAGAGACCUAAUUAAUUGAAGAAUCACAUGAAAUAGAAUCAUUAAAAGUUGUCAGAAAUCGGUUUCACAAUUGAUGAUAAUGGAGAAUUUAAAUACAAUGAUAAAAUUUUAGAUUAUUGUUUACUUUUGUGGAAAGUUUAUCCAAAUUUUGUUAAAUCUGUUAUUAAUGAAGUAUGCAUCCCUAUUUAUUUAGAUGAGAUAGAGAAAAGAAUAGCCAAGUGCAUGA